AUGGCUAAUAGUAAUGGAAACUUUAUCAAAAGAAAACGGUCUGCCAAUUGGGAUGCAUUAGAAAAGAGUUUAUUAAAAAGUUGUAUGAAGGAAUUUGUAUCCAUCAUAGAAAAUAAAAACACCGAUACAAAUACAAACAAAAGUAAGACCAUUGCUUGGCAAAAAGUGAUGAAAAGUUUUAGUGAAUUGAAUAGCCGGGUAAGAGAAUUAGCUGAAGUGAAGCAACAGUGGCGCACUAUGAAACUUGAUGCAAAGAAAAACAUGUCGCAAGUAAAGACAUCUAUCAAAUGUACUGGUGGAGGACCAAAACCUCUUAGCCCUGACCCGGAAACCAUUGACAUUUUGAGCAUGAUUCCACAGGAAUUUGAGACUGAUUUCAAUGUCUUCGACAGUGACAGCAUAACAAAUCCAGUUGUUCAAAGUCAGGAGCAGUCCUUGGUGAAUACACCAACACAAGAUUAUUUUAUCACUCCAGGAGAUAAUAAUGAGAAUGUGCAAGAGAAUAUUACACCACUACCUUUAAAGAUGCCAACUGAAAUAGUUAGAAGAAAACGGAAACUAACAUUCAAUGAUGUGAAUGAUAAUAAAUAUACAGCCAAACGUGAGGAAAGAGACUUAACCAGAGAGCGCAAUCAUAUUCUUGUCAGUUGCAUAAAGGAGGAACAUGGUUUAAAAAUGAAAAAUAUGUUAGAAGCUCAUAAUUUUAUUAAAGAGGAACACAAUUUAAAAAUACAACAAAUGUUAUUGGAAAAAGAAGAAACACAGCUUCGAGUUGAAAAACUAAAAUUAGAAAUAUUACUUUUAAAAACAAAUUUACCACAAUAA